AUGGAAAUCCCAGCGACCGGGCUUUCCGUUGUAUACGACCCGCCAGACCCUUCAGUUGAAGCUGACGACAUGGGUAGUAUCGUAUUUGUGCAUGGCUUCACAGGCCAUCCUCAGCGGACAUGGACUCAUAUGAAAGGAGAUGUUGGGGCUUUGCAGGACGAAGUCAAUGACGACACGCCAAUAGAACCGCCCGCAAAAUCGCGCAAACUGGGUCCGUUUUCGAGGCCUUCGCGGACGACGCCUGCGACUGGUCAGGUCUACUGGCCUCGGGACUUGCUCCCUAGGACCAUACCAAAGGCUCGUGUCUUGACCUACGGUUAUGACACUCGCAUGAGUCACCGUCUGGGAGUUGCCUCAAGCCAGAGCACCGUUUAUGAUCAUUCGGGGGGGUUCCUUGUAGAACUCGCAUCGAAACGCACUGAGCAACCUCAGCGCGCUCUUAUUUUCGUUGCUCACAGCCUCGGUGGCAUCAUUGUCAAGGAAAUGCUACGAAGAUCCAAGAACUGCGAGACUCUACAACCAGAUCGCCACCAGAUUUUCAAGGCCACCAAGGGCAUUGUCUUCUUUGGAACACCGCACAUUGGAGCAGACCCUCGAAGCCACUUACGUGACAUCGCAGAAAGUGCAAUCAAGGCGCUCGGAUUUCGUGUCAAAAAGGACAUUGUGCAUUCCCUACUGCCGUCUUCGGAAAGAUUGAAGGAGUUGAGAGACGAGUUCGGUCCCAUGGCACAGCAGCAAAACUGGUCCAUCUACUCGUUUCAAGAGGAUCUUGGAAUGGCUGUUCUAAACAAUAAAAAGGUCGUCGAAGAUGUCUCGUCCUGCAUCGGCAACCAAGCCAUCGAAACAGUACUGCGUAUUGGCAGGGAUCAUCGAGACAUGUGUCGCUUCACUAGCCUACAUGAUGUCGAGUAUCUGAAGGUCGCCAAUGGGCUGCUGGACAUAUACAGAAAGACACAGCCUCUACUCAGCCAACUCUCCAGAGUCUCCCCAUUUGACAAUACACACUUCACUUCAGAACAGAGGAGUUGCCUUCUUGACAGUCUGCGUUUCGACGAAAUUGAUUCACGACAUCUCACAAUACGGUCCGCCCAUCGGAAGACUUGUAGAUGGCUUCUCACGGAACCCACAUUCCUCGCUUGGCUAGACACUGAAAACUUACCCGAGCACCACGGUUUCUUGUGGAUCAAGGGAAAGCCUGGAGCGGGGAAAUCAACUUUGAUGAAGUUUGCUCUAGCUAGUGCUCGGAGAACGAUGAAAGAAAAGACCAUCGUCUCCUUCUUCUUCAACGCACGCGGUGACGAUCUGGAGAAGUCCACCGAAGGGAUGUACCGCUCUCUCCUUUUACAGCUACUCGAGCAAAUGCCCGCUCUCCAAGAAAGGUUCGAUCUUCUUGGCCUCAAUGCCAAGUGCCUUUCUCGGGUCAGAUGGUCGAUUGAAUUGCUCAAACAUCUUUUUGAAUUAGUGGUUGAAGGGCUGGAGGACAACUCCGUCAUCUGUUUUAUCGAUGCCCUUGAUGAGUGCGACGAAUUUCAGAUUCGAGACAUGAUCAAGCACCUCGAGCAACUCAGUGAAAUGGCAGCAGAGCUUCAUCAUGAAUUUCGCAUAUGCUUCGCAAGUCGAUACUACCCACAUAUCAGCAUCCGUCGCUGUAUACACUUGGACCUCAGUGGUCAAAAGGGCCAUGACGAAGACAUCAGGAACUACAUCGAGAACGAGCUAGUGAUAGGCCCUGACACUUCCUCCGCCGCCUCAAUCCGCUCCAGUCUAUACGAUAAAGCUUCAGGUGUCUUCUUGUGGGUCAUGCUGGUUGUUGAUAUUCUAAACAAGGAAUACGACGCUGGGCAUCAAGGCGACAAACUUCUUCGCAAGUUGAGAGAGGUUCCAAGUGAUUUACACGCAUUAUUCAGUGACAUCCUGACUCGGGAUCGUCGAGAUGUCAAGGAGCUUCUGCUUUGCCUUCAAUGGGUUCUUUUUGCUCGAAACCCACUGACUCCAAAGCAACUAUACUACGGAAUCUUGGCGGGAACCUGCGCAGAGGACCUGGACUGCCGGGAUAAAAAGCAGUUGCCAGACGACUUGAUCCAAAAGCGUCUCUUGAACGACUCAAAAGGAUUAAUUGAGUUCACUAAAACCGAAAGGCCAGUGGUUCAGUUUAUUCAUGAAUCAGUUGUGGACUUCUUGCUUCGGGAUGGCGGCAUGAACAUCCUUACUGCCGAUCCAGUCCAAAAGGGCCGCGGAACUGGUCACCAGAUCCUAGUGAAGAGCUGCUUGACCUACCUUCGUUUCAGCAUCUCACACCGAGUCAUUGACGAUCGUCGGCUACACGACGAUGGUGGCAAGAAAUUGAAGAAACGUCUGCCUCUGCUCAGAUAUGCCACUGACAAUGUCCUCUGGCAUGCCGGUCAAGCCGCAGGUUUUGGACUGGAUCAGUCGGAAUUCAUUCAGAACUUUGCACGUCGGGACUGGAUUAAAGUUGCCAAUAUUCUCGAGAGGCAUGCCGUUCGCCGUUACACAGCAGACGCCAGCCUGCUCUACAUCAUGGCCGAUCGAGAUUUCGGCAACCUUAUUCGACAUCACCCACCGGGGCAGUCCUGCUUUGAUGACGAGAACGAGCGGUAUACUUGUCCUUGGAUCGCAGCACACGCCACCAGCAGUCUUGAGGCCAUCUGCGCGCUGAGGCAACGCACGCUCGAUAGUUCACCACCAGAUUCACUUGUGCAUGUUGCUUGUCAAAGUUACGCUCGUGACACUCCAGAACCCUGUUACAGGCGUAGCUUCAGACUAGAGCCUAAGGUCUCUCUAGCGUCUCAGGUCUCGAGCGCAGAAGACUGGAUAUAUCUCGCGUCAAUCCUCGAGGCUGGUGUUGAUGAGGAAACCUACUACCAAAUGAUGUAUCUGCUUUUGGAUGGUGCAGUAAGAGCAGAUAAGACACUUCUCGCGCAGCAUAUUUUCACUGCCAACCCGUCCUUGACAUCGAUCGACGACAGGCAGCAUCUACUAUACAAAGCCGUCAUGAAUGGCGCUAAUGGGGUAAUCCCGUUAUUAAUAGCAAAUGGCGUUAACAUCAACAAGGAGUUAUGUCAUGGCCACAACGCAUUGACUAGUGCGAUACGUUCUGGCCAACUUGAUACCGCGCAGGUUCUCUUGGACCACGGAGCCGCCAUAGAGUCUAUCGACAGUAAAGGACAAACGCCUCUUAUGUUGGCAGUUCAAUCACAUUGUGGUGAAUCCAACAUGAUGGCAAGAUUGCUUCUUGACCGAGGGGCAGACCUUGAGACCCGAGACAUCAAUGGCCAAACAGCGCUGCUUUAUGCUGGUUGCAGUUCUCAAAAUCUAGCCGGAAGAACUUUGGAGACACUUCUGGAUCGAGGAGCAAGCAUCGAGAGUAAGGACAAGGAUGGCCGAACAGCUCUGUCCUGUGCCGCUCAGACAUUCAAGUCUUUCCAUCCAGAUGUUGAUACGAUCGCCACAAAUCUACAGAUCCUCCUCAGCCGAGGCGCGGACAUUGAAAGCAAAGAUAAACUCGGCCGGACACCAUUGUCACUGGUGAGGCCUAUUCCCCAUAUGGAAUUAUUGAUAGACUCUGGUGCAAAUAUCGAGUCGAGAGAUGACGAAGGGAGGACACCACUGCACUGGCAUGCUCGAGGCCUUAAUGUCGAAGCCGUCAAGUGUCUUCUUCAAAGAGGUGCUAGCGUCAACGCGAGGGACUUUUCUGGCGCAACACCUCUGGUAUCGGCUGUGCGGUAUCUAGGUUCGAGUUGUUACGUAUUUAAUAUCAUGGUCCUAGAGCUCCUCGUCGAUGGGGGAAAUAUUGAUAGCUUUGAUGAAGAAGGCCGCACGGCGCUGAUGUGGGCGGCAUCUUCAGGCAACUCUGCGAUUGUCAAGUGGCUCUUGGGACGAGGGGCAGUCCCUUUCCACAAAGAUCUGAAGGGUGAUGAUGCUUUGAGCAUCGUCUCGAAAGCUCUAGAGCUGCAGACCAGACCUAGAGAUAACGAUUCAUUGCAGAGUAGGAUGCCAGAUUGGCAUAUACAGGAGGAACUGUCCAACUGUAGACAGCUUCUGUCAUCGCGUUGGAUCGGAUCAAAUAGAACUGAAAGUGGUUAA